AUGCCCGGUCGCGCGCACGUUCAGGCACGCCUUGUGCGUCUCGAUGACCACCGCGACGUGCCCCUCGUCGACGACGUCGCCUACCUCGACGUUUAUCUCCGCGACGUCGCCGACGACGCCGUCGGGAAUGGAGACCUGGUCGCUUAUGACGGGCGUGAGGAUGCGCCAUCGCGCGUCGCCGCGCGCGACCGCGGCGUCGUCGUGCGACGCGCGGAGUUGACGCGCGGCGCACGCGCGCGGCGGCGAGGGCGAGGGCGAGGUCGACGCGCGCGCCGCCGCCGCCGACGCCGACGCGGGGAGGACGGACGCGCGGAGGAGCGACGCGAGCGCGCGCCGCGCGCGAGGGACCGUCGCCAUCCGGUGCCGGUAUCUCCGCGCGCGCGCGUGUGCCCCGGGCGCGCGCGCGUUCAGCGUCAGCGCGGUCAACAACGGCGGCAUGGGCGUCCCGGUCCCGCCGCACCGCCCGCCGACGGCCCCGGUGCGCGAUCGACCGACCGAUCGAUCGAUCGUCGCGCGCCCCGCCCCUCGCCUCGAUCGACGCCCGCGCGUCGAGAACCGAAAAAAAAAACCCUACACCGCCGCGCGCGUCGUCCUCCUCCGACUGACGAUUCGUAUCCCCCCAACCGAACCGACGAUUCGUAUCCCCAGAUCCCGGAAGAGGCCGAGCUCACGUGGGACAUCGGCGACGGGAACCCGGAGUCCGCGCUGGACAAGGUCCCGGAGAACGUGCUGUCGAAGCGUGGCGCGGCGGCGUUGUUGGCCACCGGGUUAGGUUUUUUCGUCGGCCUGUAUCACUUCGCGGGGUAUCUGGAUAAGGCGUCCACGGUGCCGUUCGCGCCGAGGACGUACCCGUACAAUAACUUGAAGGAGGAGCUCGGCGGGCACGAGGACGGCGGCCAGCCGAAGUGUUGA